AUGGAAGAUAAUCCAGAAGUUGUUAUUCUUGAUGAACAAGCACGUGCAUCAAAUGAUGAAGAUCAUGAGGCAUUCUGUAAAAAGAAAAGAAAGACAAGUUCAGUCGUUUGGGAAAAUUUUCAUGAGAUAACUUUGGCUGAUGGAACUAUAGUGCAUCAGUGCAACCAUUGUGGGGAGAAAGUAAAGAAGUACAAAGAUGGAACAACCACACCAAUGCGUAGAUACCUUCAGGAGUGCCCGAAAUUAAAAGUGGUGCAGAAAGGUCAAUUAAAGUUGAAUGCUAUGCCUGGAAAAUCAGAUGGUGCAUCAGGUAUUCUAAAUUGGAAGUUUGAUAUGACUAGGAUGAGAGAGGUUAUUGCUCAUAUGAUCAUGGUUCAUGAGUUGCCAUUUAGUUUUGUUGAGUAUGAUCUCUUUAAUGUGUUGAUGAAGGAAGCUAAUCCAUCAUAUACCAAGAUCUCACGUGCAAUGGUUAAGCAAGAUUGUAUAUCUGCUUAUGGAAUUGCAAGAAAAAGAAUUCAAAAAUUGUUAAAUUUAGUCAAUAGUUGUAGCAUUACAACUGAUAUGUGGACAUCAAUUCAGAAUAUUCAUUACAUGGUUGUUACAUGCCACUUUGUUGAUUCGGAUUUUAAGCUACAUAAAUGCAUACUGAAUUUUGUUGAGGUACCUCCACCAUAUACAGGCAUUCGUAUACAUGAUUGCCUCUACGAGUGUCUAAAAGAGUGGAAAAUUGAGAAAAAGGAUGUUACUUUAACUGUUGAUAAUGCUAAAACUAAUGAUGUGGUGGCUAAGAAGUUAAUGGAAAACGUGUCUAUUCAAAAGAAGCUUCCGAUUGAUGGAAAAAUGUUUCAUGUGCGUUGUUGUGCACAUAUUCUGAAUUUGUUAGUACAGGAUGGUUUAACAAAGAUUAAAGACAUAAUUCACAAUGUUCGUGAAUGUGUGAAACAUGUGAGUGCAUCUCCGGGUCGAUUACAUACCUUUAGUGAGCUUUCUAAGCAAUUACAAAUGCCAAAGAAGCAUCUAAUCUUAGACGUUAGUACUCGGUGGAAUGCCACAUAUGCUAUGUUAUCCACAGCUUUUGAGUUUAAAAAAGUGUUUGUGAAUUAUGCCGAGCGGGAAUCUACAUACAAAACUUUGCCAAGUGAAGAAGAUUGGCAAAAAGUUGAAGAUGUAUGGCAUUUCUUGGGACUUUUCAACGAGGCCACAAAAGUUAUUUCAGGCUCUGAGUAUCCAACAUCCAACUUAUUUCUUCAAGAGUUAUACGGGAUAAAAGAAGCUAUGGAUGAUUUAUUUUUGGAUGAAAGAUAUGGCUGCUAA